AUGAAGUCGAGCUUUUCCCUGUACCACUACUAUUUCCUGCUCUUACUGCGUUGUCCUUUUGCCGCCACUGGUUUCGGUUUCUACAUACUUUCUAAUCACGCCCUUUCCGCCGUGGACAUUUUUCUUCUCACCAUGGAACGACACGGCCACCACCUAUUUCUUUUCAAUUCUUCGAUCGACCAUUAUUUUUGCCUCCAUACACCUUUAAUCCGCCGACACGAACCAGCUCAGGUCUAUGAUCUGUUCCACCAAAAGUGA